CCCCCUCUCCCCUCUCCUCCUUUCUCGACCUCUUCCCCCCCACUACUCUCUCUAUGCUGCUCGAUUUCCCCAUUCUCCCCUCCCACUUCUCAUCCCCCUGAUACCUAUCAGCAACAGGGAACCUGGUAUUGCCAAAACUACCCUGGUCCACCCGGAUAGUCAGCAGUGCCCCAUCUGUACAGCUCGGGUUGGCCAGAACCAACGGACGGUGAGUUCGCUCGUGCACCAAGCCACCAUCGGUUCCCAAGGUUAACCAUGCCUGUAUUAGCAUCGCAGCGCCAUUCGUAUCGCGAACCGGACACCUUUCUCCAUGGCAGACCCGGUCGGCAAUCCACGCAACCGGCCUUCCGUCGUCACUCAGCCACCAUACCCGGUCGAUAAUCCACGCAACCGGCCCGUCGUCGUCGCUCAGUCAUCAUGUAGGACCUGACCAUAUUCGAAAUUUGAUCUUCCCAAUCUGACGGCUUUUUUCAGAUGGCAGGACACCGUCGCACAUGGCGCCUGCCCAUCCAGAAGCACGGUCUGGCUAUUCGCUCUCCGUUGGCCACCGCCCCAGUAGCAUCGACGGACACGCCGGGGUAUCGCGUAGGGGCGCCGUCGACGCAAGCCGCCAUCCUCAACUGCCAUUGGUUCUAGGGCGAACCGCAGAUCGAAGGCCUAGUUCCUCGGUGCAGACGGAGCAUCCCCGGUCCCAUCAGCCUGGGUAUUUGCAACCGGGAAAUGAGCCGUCACGAGUCCUUCCCUCAGGCUCUCGAAUAAUGGGGGCAACCGAUUUUUCGGGAGGCGCCAGGUGGGAUGAAGCCAGAACGUGGAGCCUUUCGAGCAGGCGCCAAGACGCGGGUGCGCCUAUGCACGGGACCUCGCAUGAUGGCGUAAGACCGACCGAGCCGGGAUUUGCCAGAACCCACGACCAGGACGGCCGUCAGCGAGAUGGUGAAGACGGAUACCAUCCGCCUCCGACCCCGCCGGGGGCCCCGAGGAUCCCCAGGCUCCCGACCCCCGACUUUGACGACAUGGAUUACGACAAAGACGAGGGGGUGAGCUACCAAUUCUGCGCUUGUUGCAACGUCGACGGUACCUGCUCGAGGGGGAACCCCUAGGAGAGGCCGGCACGGAAAGCCAGCGUAUGUUCCCUUCGCCUACUGCCGUCCUGCAGAUGAGUUCGCUGUAGGUGCGUUUACUCGAGUAUAUUCACUGAUCGACUUUAGUGUACGGAGCAGGAGCUCUCGCGUCACGCGGCGAUCAGCGCGCAGAGCCGAUGGAGCGAUUUCUCGUUUAUUUUCCGUGUUUUGAGGUGGUUUUGAUCUAUCAGCUCCUCAGUUUAUGCGUACAAGGUACUAUUUCAGGAGGAUGUUUAAAGAAGGUGUUCAAUUGCCGCAAUCGAUGUGCCCUUACGGUGUCGAGAUUCCCGUAGGUAUUUUUCUA